AUGCAACAUAUGGGAGAGGAAGGAGAGUCCACCCCAGCGUUGAUGUCGCCAACAGUCGUGAAAGACGAUAUGAACUUUGCCGAGCUUUGUGAAAACCUAAAAGACUAUUUUAUCGAAAACAUCGACACACCACAGAACCUCAACACCAUCAAGAUUUCCCCUGUGACGACGCGGCUCUGCAGCCAACUUACAGACAAGGGCCAUAACCCAGCUACGGUCGCGGCUUUACUUUGGUGCAAAGCACAUUUCUCUGCUGAAGAGCUUGCAGAUGAUGGCCACGGAUUAGGGGCAAGCAGAGCUCUAGCUGCCGAGUUUGUAGCAUUAGAUCUGAUGUCGUACCUUUCUGCUAAUGAUGCACUGGAGUAUCUCUGCUAUGAGCUACCUCCAUUGGAACCCCAUGACGAGUCAGAAGAGGAAGCGACAGAAUCGACAGGGCUUUUGGAGGGAGGUACCCAAACAAGAAGGAAUUGCUCAAAUGAGAUGGAGUGUGUUAGUAUAGGGACAUUUGCCGGCCUCAAUACUCUAGAAAUUGCGAUCCUCGCAGACGCAAAGAAGUUUCUAUCGCAUCGACCAGUACAACGUAUGAUUAAUGCUAUCUGGGACGGAAGAAUCUCUUUUUGGAAAUCGCUAGAUGUGGAUGGGUCUAAGAAGCCCCACUUCUACAACAAAAGAAAAGCGGAUCCAUUCUGCCGGCUGAGGGUCCCAAAAUAUCAGAAGGCUUUUGAAGCAUUUUUCUUCGCAAGCUUGCUUGCAUUGUAUUACGGUGUCCUGAUUGAAAGAGACCCAUUCCAUUUUACAUACAUGGAAGGCGCAUUGAUAGUUUUCUUCAUCGCAUUUGCCGUUGACGAAAUAUCAUCCCUCAGAGAUGCAGGGACGGCUUUCUAUACCGCCGAUUUUUGGAGUAUAUGGGACCUGUGUAUUAUUUUGAUAGCAGUUGGAUUUUUGGUUGUUAGAAUAAUUGGCUUGGUUAAGGAUAGUGAUGCAAUCGUUGAUAUCGCCUUUGAUAUACUAUCGCUCGAGGCGUUAUUAUUGAUACCACGUGUCUGCUCUUUGCUAUCUUUAAACCCUUAUUUUGGAGUCUUGAUACCUUGUUUGAAACAAAUGACAAAAGACUUUUUGAAGUUUCUAAUCCUGAUCGUGAUUCUUUAUCUUGGAUUUUUGACAACAUUUUCGCUGCUUGCACGCGAAACGUUUACCCUAUCGCAAAUGUCAUGGAUGCUCAUUAAAGUUUUCUUUGGUUCGAAUACUGUUGGCUUUGAUGCAAUGAGAGAGAUUUCACCUGUCUUGGGACCACCACUCAUGCUAAUUUUCGUUACGUUGACGAAUAUACUUCUGAUCACAUCGUUAAUUAGUAUACUAUCAAAUGGGUUGACAAACAUGAUGAAUAAUGCUAGGGAAGAAUAUUUGUUCAUGUUUUCUAUUAUGGUUAUGGAAGCCUCAACUAGCAAUCGUUUGGUUGUUUAUUACCCGCCGCUAAACUUGCUGCCACUAAUCCUUUUACGACCACUGCGUCUGUUUGUCUCUGCUGGCCGUCUGCGGAGGGUCAGAAUAGCGCUUUUGAAAUUUUCGCAUUUCCCGUUUGUCGCGGCAAUUAUGCUUUAUGAAAGCUUGUGGCCAGAAAAUGAGACUCGUCACACUGCAUGGGGGCCUAGCCCCACCAAGAAGAGUCCAUUCGGUCAUGGACUGAGGCCGCUUAAUCGGAGACCAGACCGAUACCCAGAGUGGUCUGGGCGCUUAGCGGGAGGACGUCUAGGGCUCGGUGGCGGGGCCGGAUUUCAAGCGGGGGCUGCGCUUAAGAGCUCUGCCAGCAGUCUUAGACUUGAAGAUCAAUAUGAAGGUGGGUCGACCUUGGGGGAGACUAGGGCACCAUAUGCGCAUAAUCGUCACGACGGGAUUUAUAGCGCUAGGGACGACGAGAUUCGGCAACUGAGAGUUGCGAUUGAGGAUAUGAGCCGCAAGUUAGAUGAGCUUUUGGCUUUAAAAGGGAUGUAA